AUGUCGAUCUCCGGCGACUCCCGGCGGAUUCUCCGCACAGCCAUCUUCUCCAGGUUGCUGGUUUUCUCGCUGAUGUGCCUGUGGAGGCUCCUCCUCCACCCCUACGACACCUCCGCCGCGCUCAACCCGCCCUGCCUCGGCGUCGCCACCGCCGGGGCACCGCCGCUGUGGCCCCGGGCGGCGGCGGCGAUCGAGCGCAGCGUCGUCUGGGAUGGGGUUCACUUCCUCCGGAUCGCCGAGUGCGACUACGAGUACGAGCAGACGUUCGCCUUCUUCCCCGCACUCCCCGUCUUCAUCUCCUUGCUGGCCCGCUCAGGUGGGAGGAUUCUCCAUUGAUCUGGGGGUUCAUCAUCAUCAUCAUGAUCAUCAUCAUCUUCUUCUUCUUCUUCUUCUUCUUCUUCUUCUUUCUUAUUCUUCUUCUUCUGCUACUAUUGGCAGUAUUUGCUCCGCUGGUUCCAUUAUUAGGGUUCCGGGCGGUCUUGGCCCUGGCGGGCUACGCGCUGAACAACGCCGCGUUCCUGAUCGCCGCCGUGUACUUCUACCGGUGAGCACGGAGAUCUUCAGGGGUUUUCAGAGCUUUCUUUUUUUGUUGCCAUGAUCAGCGUCUUGACUGUUUCGGAGCUUGCAGAUUAUCCGUUCUUGUUCUCAGGGACGAGGCCGCCGCCUACCGAGCGUCGAUGCUCUUCUGCUUCAACCCUGCCUCAGUCUUCUACUCCUCCAUGUAAUCUUCUCGCCGAAGACCUACCUCCAGAUCCCAACUUCUCCGGUCACUAAUGGCGUUCCUUGCCUCUCUCACACAGCUAUUCGGAGAGUCUGUACGCCUGGUUUUCGCUGGGCGGGGUGUUCCACUUGCUUUCUGGGUCCAACGCCAUGGCCGUGCUCCUGCUCGCCCUCUCUGGUUUGGUCAGAUCCAACGGAGCUCUCAAUGCCGGGUAUUUAUUCUUCCGGGAUCUCCAUCGGGCCACGGCCGCCAUCUUGGGGAAGAAGCCACUUGCUGUGCGUCUGGUGCGUUGACCCGAGCGAUCUUCAACGCCUCUUGUUUGCCCUGCUUCGAAGAUUGGAUGAAUACUCACUGGGCAAAACGUUGACUGGAUUGCGAAGUCUGAGCUGAAGGGGGUUGCGGCUGGAGGCUUGAAGAUUGGCUGCGUGAUGACUCCGCUGGUCUUCUUCCAGGCCUACGGGUACGCCAAGCUGUGCCUGGGGAGAGACCCCAAGGAGCGAAGACCUUGGUGCGGACCGGGGAUUCCGCGGUUAUACGGCUAUGUCCAGAGCCAUUACUGGUACUACUCGUUGACUUACCCCCCUUAGAUUGACCCCUUGCCAUUGCUGUUGUUUUCUUCUGAUUCAUCUUGAUCUCGGUGGACUGCUUCUGUUCGCCUUGGUCGCUGCUGACCUCCUUCUCCUCGUUCUCGUCUUCUUCUUCCUCUGUUUCUUGAUCUCUGCGGGCUGUUUCUCUGCAUCUUGACGAUCUCCUUCUUCAUCUUCUGCUGCUGUUGCUUCUCUGCAGGGACGUUGGGUUUCUGAGAUACUUUCAAGUGAAGCAAUUACCUAACUUUCUCCUGGCGUCUCCGAUGCUGCUGCUGGCAACCUGCUCGAUCAUGGAAUACGUGAGACUGCGUCCCGAAGCCGUGCUCUCCUUGGGCCUCCGAGCGCCCGCCAAGGAAAGAAAGAUAGCCGCCGCCACCUCUGCCAUGCCCUCUGGAGAACCAAUAGGUAGGUUUACCUUCAUGAGACUUAUAUUGAAUCUUGCCGAUAGGUUAGCUAUCUGUAAAGAUGGGAGAAAAUGGGAAGAGACGGAAAGGGGACCCACCCUCCGUUCACGGGGAGGGAGAGAGAGAGGGAGAAGACGUGGUAACCAACGCCUUCUCGAACUUGGCACAGAGGGGAACCCCGUGGUUCGACAGAGGAGACAUGGCGGGAGGGCGUUCCGCGGGUACUCCUCCCUCCUGGUCCUGCCCUUCGUCUACCAUCUCGCUUUCAUGGCAGCGGUGGCCUUCUUCGUCAUGCACGUUCAGGUAGGUCACUGGGCUUCUCCCAUGCUAUGGCUUCUUGCAGGUGAAAUGGUAGAACUCUGAGAGACCAUGCUAUUGCUUCUUGCAGGUAGCGACGCGGUUCCUGUCGGCCAGCCCUCCGAUCUACUGGUUUGCCGCCGGCUACGUCGGUGGAGAUCACGCCUCCUUGACCAGUCGCCUGAUCGUGGUGUAUUUCGCGACCUUCCUCCUCCUCGGCAGCCUCCUAUUCUCAAACUUCUACCCUUUCACCUAG